GUGAAUUAUUAGGAGUCUCCAAACCGGUGACGUAAGAGGCAGAGACGUCGUCGUCAUGGCGUCGACGGCGCUGCUGAGACCGGAGCUGUGUUUUUAGUUCAAAAAACGGGGCUGCGGUCGACGAGCCGUCGAGAUGGAGAGUAAUGCAACUCUGCACGGAGACGCUUCAGAGGCAGGAGAAACGGGAGGGAACAGCAGCGCCAAAGCAGAGCUGUCGGUCAGCAGUUUGGGUCCGAGUUGCACAACAAGCGCCACUACUACUACUACUACUACUACUACUACUUCAAGUGCUAAUGCUAAUGCUAGCGCUAACGCCGCGUCUCGCGCGGAUGUUUGUGAAAUGACGGGAAAGCUCGUGCAGAGUGGAGAAGAACCGGGGAACGGGCUGGGUCACGGUGCGUGUGAAUCUGAUGCCGGAAAUCAUGACGCUCCAAACUCGAAGUUAGUAAACAAGCCGAGCAGAGAGGAGCCCUCUACAGGGACUACAAGUGUGCGAGCGGAUAUUACAGAUCAUCAGGAGGCGAGCAGGCUGUCAAAAACGAGCAGUGUGUGUGCUGAGAGCAGUGCUGCCAAGGCCAAGUCCGAGUCUAAUGAAGGCACCCUGUCUCAGGGGCUGCCCAGCCUGGACUCCCUGGAGUCCUUCUCUAAUCUCAACUCCUCCUGUCCGAGCUCUGAACCUGUCAGUGAAGGCUUGGAGGAUCAGGAGAAGGGAUUGACAGUGAUCCCUCAGGGCCAGCAUGGGGCAGAAGGGGGCAAAACUCAGAGCUGCAAGGAUCGAAGUGGUGCAGGUCAGUCCAUCUACCACAUCAAGUGGAUCAGGUGGAAGGAGGAGAACACGCCUAUCAUCACCCAGAAUGAGAAUGGUCCAUGCCCUCUGCUGGCUAUUAUGAACGUGCUUCUCUUGGCCUGGAAGGUCAAGUUGCCACCAAUGAUGGAGAUCAUAACAGCAGAGCAGCUGAUGGAGUAUCUGGGAGACUACAUCCUUGAUGCCAAACCAAAAGAGAUCUCUGAAGCUCAGCGUUUGAACUACGAGCAGAACAUGAGCGACGCCAUGGCAGUCCUCCACAAGCUACAGACGGGUUUGGACGUGAAUGUGAAGUUCACAGGCGUCAGGGUGUUUGAAUACACCCCUGAGUGCAUCGUCUUCGACCUGCUCGACAUCCCACUGUACCAUGGCUGGCUGGUUGAACCUCAGAUGAGUGAUAUAGUGAAGGCGGUGGGGAACUGCAGUUAUAACCAGCUGGUUGAGAAGAUCAUCAGUUAUAAGCAGUCGGAGAACAGCGAGCUGGCUGGAGAAGGCUUUGUGGCGGAGCAGUUCCUUCACAGCACGGCCACGCAGCUGACCUACCACGGCCUGUGCGAGCUCACGUCCACCGUCCAGGAGGGGGAACUCUGCGUGUUCUUCAGAAACAACCACUUCAGUACCAUGACCAAAUUCAAGGGUCAGCUGUACCUGCUGGUGACAGAUCAGGGCUUUCUGACCGAGGAGAAGGUGGUGUGGGAGAGUCUACAUAACGUGGAUGGAGACGGAAACUUCUGCGAUUCAGAGUUUCGUCUGAGACCCUCCGACCCCGAGAGCGUCUACCACGGCCAGCAGGACCAGAUUGACCAGGAUUACCUGAUGGCACUGUCGCUACAGCAGGAGCAGCAGGUGUCAGAGCUGGGCUGGGAGCAGCUUCCUGAGGGAAUCAGUGAUCUGGAGUUAGCGAAGAAGCUGCAGGAGGAGGAAGAUCGCAGGGCGUCUGAGUUCUAUCAGGAGCAGGAGGAGGAGCAGGAACAGGCUGCUGCAGCUGCACAGGCCGCACAGGCUCAGGCAGGAGGAGGCGCUGUGGCUGAAGGAGCAGUCGCCGCCCCGGCAGGAGGAGCAGCAUCGUGUCCCAGUCCAGGAAAGCACAGUUCCAGUACGGAGCGCAAAGCCAAGAAAGAGGCCAAGGAGAAGGAGAAGUGCGUGAUCCUGUAACAGCCCUGCAGCCUGCUCACGGUUCUGACUGAAAGGCAGAAGGCUCGUCGUUCCACACUGACUCAGAGCUGCACAAGGAGUGAGAGAGAGCGUGACGGAGGAGAGGAUCUGCUGUUCCUAAGCCACUGGUGCCUGAUGCUGUUUGCUCUCUGAGCUCUGAACACACACACACAGCAGAGCCGAUCGGGGGGGGGGGAUAAACUCGCACCACGUCUCUGAUCAAGCUCGCCUGACCUUCCUACAGCCGCACGGUGCACCGCGCUUGUGUGGAGUGACCUCACGCUUCAGGAUGGUGGAUUUUAUAGCAAAAUGCACCAGAGGGAGAAAUAACGGCACCGUUUUCUUCUUUUCUUUUUCUUGAUUUCCGUUACUGCAAUUGUUUCUAAGAUGUUUUAUAAGCUGUUUUAUAGCGCAUAUAUAUAUAUAUAUAUAUA